GGCAACACCCCUAACUGUAACGUCAAAUUUCUUUUCUAACAAAAAUUUCAGUCAUUAUUUUUAUAUUUUAUUACGUGAUUACAAAUUGUACUAAAAAAACUACAAAAUUGAUCAUAAAAGUAAUUUUGGUGUGUUCGCCAACCGUCCAUUUCGGCCGGGGUGGUUAAGUUGGGUGUGAUAACGUACGCGACUGGCAGCAUAAAUGAAUUAUGUCUUUGAGGUCAAAAGCCCUCGCUCUGGUGGAGGUCCUACUGAGGGUGCCUCCGCUGUUUGUGGUGGAUGAAUUCCUGAAGAUAAGCCUCGGGCUGCCGGUGUCCAGCGGCGAGGAUAUGUCCCUACUCAUCAAUGUAACGGUCGACCACGGUGAUAUCUUUGAUACGGACGCCAAUUACUACGAUGCUAAUUUCUACAACGCAUUGCUGUUCACGCUGUUCAAGUUCCUAGUAUGCUGUUUAGGAUGUAUGUCGGCGCUGUGCAUAUUCGUGCUCUACACGAAGCACCUAAUCAUCGUGUACCUCUACCUGAUGUCGGUAGGGAUCGUCUUCGUGUCAUACUGGACCAACGUGUCCGCUAUCAAGCAAAUCCAGGCGCUGUCAUUAGCUUCGGCAAGCGCGCAACAUGGCACCAGCAUCCUUGAAGACAUCCUCAACUUAAACAUAAAGAAUCUACUUGAUCUCGACGGGCCGGGCGUGUUAGUCAUACAAAAUUUCGCUAUACAAUUCACUCUAGCCGUCCUAUUUAGAAAUGUCCAUCUAGGGCCGCGACAAGCAAGCAUACAGAAAUUAUUACCGAUCAGCUUUAUGGCGCCGUCCUUUUUAGCUAUGUUACCAGUUCCUCCAAACCUAUUGCAUCACUCCCCAGUGUUCUCAGCGCUGUUACCUCUUUUCCUUGUCAAAUACGUGCUCUGGUCAUCGUUGUACAACGUGAUACAAGUCAUAUAUUCCGGAUAUCAACACGGACGACUCUUUGUUAGUAAUUAUGGAUUAUCAGCAUUGGUCGAAAUGGAAUGGAUGCGACUAAACGUGCCAUGUGUCUUAAGAGUGUUUUGGGUAAUGCGAGUGGCCGAACACGCCAUACUUCUGCUUAUGGAUAACUACGAUGACGACGCGGAGGAGGGACUUAAAGUGUCCACAUUGUUAGCGGUGCAAUCACUCGCUUCGAUGGCUAAAUCACUCCUAGUCACAGGUUGCGAAACCAUAACGGCCGUACUCGGAAUGACUUCGGUAAUCUCAUUCUUCUGUCACUAUAUUGGCAAUUUCUUCCAAUGGAUUCUACUUACUGAUGAGGAGGAGGACAAAAGCAUUGGGACCGUAUCGGCUAUCCUUUUUUAUAUACUGGCAUUGCAGACAGGACUAACGUCACUAAAUCCAGAAAAGAGAUUUGUCCGUUUAUGCAGGAAUUUCUGUCUAUUAUUCACCGCUCUGUUACAUUUCCUGCACAACAUCGUGAACCCAAUGCUUAUGUCACUGAGUGCAUCUCAUAAUCCGAGCACGCAUAGACACAUCCGAGCGUUGGGAGUUUGCGCUUUUCUCAUCAUCUUUCCUAUAUCUUUACUAGUAUAUCUAUGGUCCCAACACAACAUUUCAACGUGGUUAUUGGCCGUGAGUGCUUUCAGUAUAGAAGUAAUAGUGAAAGUAAUAGUCAGCCUGAUGAUAUACUCGCUUUUCCUGAUAGACGCUUACAGAAGUACGUUCUGGGAGCAACUCGACGACUACGUAUACUACAUCCGUGCGUUUGGGAACACCAUAGAAUUUUGUUUCGGUAUAUUCCUGUUCUUCAACGGAGCUUGGAUACUCCUCUUCGAGUCCGGCGGCGCUAUUCGCGCGGUCAUGAUGUGCAUACAUGCCUAUUUCAACAUUUGGUGUGAGGCGAGGGCCGGAUGGUCAGUUUUCAUGAAACGGAGGACGGCAGUCAACAAAAUUAACUCGUUGCGAGAGGCAUCCGCGGAUCAGCUCAGCAGGCUGGACGACGUUUGCGCCAUAUGCUACCAAGAGAUGCACUCAGCUAAAAUAACCAGAUGCAACCAUUAUUUCCACGGAGUAUGUUUAAGAAAGUGGCUAUACGUCCAAGAUAGAUGCCCGUUGUGUCAUGACAUACUGUAUAAAAUAGACAGCGACGUGAAUAAAGACAACUCUGAUGCGGGCAACGAGGAGAACAGUAAUAAUCAGAACCUCAUCUUGGAGGAAGAGCCUGAUCUCUUGCUAGGGGAGGGCGUCAGGUGACUGCUUGACGAGGACGUAUACCACUUAGAUUAAACACGAUUUUGAAAAUUCAAUUUGAGUGGUCACUUUAUUUUGUAUAGUAAGUUAUUGUUUUUUUUUUUUUUUUUAUAAAUGAGGUAAGACUGUGAUUUGAAAUGGUGAGUUGAAUUUUGUCUUGUGGUGGAUGAGUUAUUUCUGGCGUGUGUUGUCUAUAAGUUAAGCUUAAUGGAUUUUAUGUGCUUGCGAGCCUGUCGCUGUACAUUGUUACACGAUUAUGACAAAAAUUCUCAAGUGUUACCGAGCUAACAAAAAGCAGUUGGUACUGUUUUGAAAAUUAUAUUAUUAGACGAAUUUAAAGCUAUUUGUAAAUAUUGAUAUUAUUUAGAAAUAGCUUUUAAUAAUUGACUGUAACUUAAUAAAAAAAUAUAUAUAUAUUAUAUAUAAAAAUAGUAAUUUUUCUGAUAUAAAAAUGUGUAAAUAAACUAUUAUUUUAGCAA